CAGAAGACACCGCAGGGGAAAUCUCCAGAGGUCCCCAGGGCUCCCGCAGACUCGGGCUUUGGAUGUUCCGACAUGGAGUCUCUCUCAGCCGAGGGCAAUUCCACAGGCUCGCAGCCUCUCGCUCAGCCUCCCGUGGUGCUCUCCAUGGUCAUCUUCAGCCUCACCUUCCUGCUGGGGUUUCCGGGCAACGGCUUGGUGCUCUGGAUCACGGGCCUGAAGAUGCGCCGGACGGUGAACACGGUUUGGUUCCUCCACCUCACCCUAGCCGACUUUCUCUGCUGCCUCUCCCUGCCCUUCUCCCUGGCCCACCUGGUGCUCCAGGAGCACUGGCCGUACGGCUGGUUUCUGUGCAAGACCAUCCCCGCCGUCAUCAUCCUCAACAUGUUCGCCAGCGUCUUCCUGCUCACGGCCAUCAGCCUGGACCGCUGCCUGCUGGUGCUGCGGCCCAUCUGGUGCCAGAACCACCGCAACGUGAGGACCGCCUUGGUCAUCUGUGCCUGCAUCUGGGCCUCCGCCUUCGUCAUGUGCGUACCUGUGUUCGUGUACCGCGAGACCUUCGUCAUCGACAACCGUAGCGUCUGCACCUACGACUUCUAUGACUACGGCUCCUUCGAUUACCCGGAUUACCAUGCUUUCCCAUCCGCUGCCACGAUCCCCCCGUCCGUGCCCGGUGCCUUCCCCACGGACCCUCCCAGAACUCAGGACCCCCUGAAUAACUCCAACGCUUUGCUCGCGCUGGGCGUUGACCAUUUAUUCAACGGCUCCGAUGAGCUGGCGCUGCACUGGCAGUACGAUUACCUGGGCCAGCCCACGUUCCACCACCACGUGGCGCCCCCGCAGGUGGCCAUCACCUUCACGAGGCUGGCGCUGGGCUUCCUGCUGCCCUCGGUCGUCAUGGUGGUGUGCUACAGCCUCAUCGUCCGCCGUCUCCGCCAGGGCCGUUUCCACCAGUCGCGCAGCAAGACCUUACGCGUGUCGGUGGCGGUGGUGGUGGUCUUCCUGGUGUGCUGGGCCCCGUACCACGUCGUGGGCGUGCUGUCGCUCGUCACGGACCCGGGGACGCCUGCGGGGGAAGCGCUGCUCUUCUGGGACCACGUGUCCAUCGCCCUGGCCACGGCCAACAGUUGCUUCAACCCCUUCCUCUACGCCCUGCUGGGGAAGGACUUCAGGCGACAGGCGCGGCAGUCCUUGCAGGGCAUCCUGGAGGCCGCGUUCAGCGAGGACCCCACCCACACCACCAGCUGUGCCCCCCCCAAAGGCGUCUCCGAAGGGAACAGCGCCAGCACAGCUGUGUGAGCCGAGGAGGAAGCGCUGACGCAGAGACCGGGGCCACGAGCCUGCAGUCCCGUGGGGGAGAAGACCCCGGAGGUAGGAGCCAGGGGGGCAUCUGAGACCAGCCCGGAGUCGGGGCCACGCUUCUCCAAAACGGGGAGGCCAUUCUUUCCCACGCCUUCGAAUGAAGGUUCUGGAAUGUCCCCCUCACUCCCCUCCCCCCACCCCGCAGCAGAUUCUCUGGGCCCGGUGCCCAGGAAGUGCCCGGGACCAACUGUGUUGU